UUUUCAUGCAUCUUCAUUAAAUCUUCCAAUUUCCCUCUUUCGCACAAUUUGUGUACCUUCAAUUUUCUCCGCAUUUUUUAGGUCGUCUUCCCCUCUUCCAAGUUGUUAUCAUCCUAGAGCUCAUAGGUUUUCAUUUACAAUCGAUUUCGCAGGACUGCAGGCCACUGUUGACUGUGAAGCUAAAUGGCUACUGUGCCUGUUAACCCUAAACCUUUCUUGAACAAUUUGACUGGAAAGCCAGUUAUAGUGAAACUGAAGUGGGGAAUGGAAUACAAAGGUUAUCUUGUGUCAGUUGAUGGCUACAUGAACCUACAGUUGGCAAACACGGAAGAAUAUAUUGAGGGCCAGAAAACUGGAGACCUUGGGGAGAUUCUCAUCAGAUGCAACAAUGUCAUGUAUCUUCGUGGAGUUCCUGAGGAUGAAGAGAUAGAGGAUGCUGACAGAGACGACUGAUUUGUAAUGCGAUACUACUUUUUAGAAAACACUAAGUUAGUCGAGAAAUCUACUGUGUUUUCAGGACUUAUUAUGGCUCAUGUAGAACAAUUUCGUUUAUGAAAAAUACACUUUUGCUUU